UUUCCGUGUCACCAGAACCAUCCACGACAACACCAACGAUUUUCGUAAAGUAGUUUGCCUCAACUCGUUCCAUUCCUUGCCUACAGCCUUGGAGCAUUGAUCGCAAACACUCGGUCUCGAUCCAUUACGUUUCCCGCUUUGUAUCGUCGUUGUCGUUGUUGUUGCAUUCGUCAUCGUCAAUACCAUGUCGAGCGGACAUCGUUGGGGUGAUUCCGACAGUUCGGACGAAGACGACAACGUGGACGUUGCCAUUCCGGUGACGGCCUUGAACUCGCAAGCUGCCUUGCGUGAUGUUUCGGUCGCGCGGUCGGCCAGUGAUGCCCAUCCAUCCACUCCGACACGAAGUCACCGCAACGAACGAGGAAACGACGUCCACGCCGCACAACCAUUCCAGCGCGCGUGGGAACCGCGGGGAAGAGGCGGCGGUGGUUUUCGGGAUCGGGAUCCUUCGAGCGCCAGUGGGGGAGUCGCCCGCGGAGGUCCCCGCGGGGGACCCCACACUGGUGGACGCGGACGCGACUGGAAGACGCAAGCCAAACAGAGUUCUAUUUUGAACGCCGAUAUUGAUAUCUCUAAAGCGUCGGACUGGAUGGCAACCCGUCGAGCCAAGCAAGAGAAAGCUCAAGUGGAGCAAGAACGCCACCGUGUGGAACAAAAGGAAGCAGCGGCGGAAGAAAAAAGGAUCCAGCGGCGCUCGCAGCUCCAGGCACUCAAAGCUGCCGUGACGACGAUUCAACAGGAAAAAGAUGACGAAAUCCAGUCUUCUCUACAAGCCGCCGCACAGCAUUCCCAAUCAAACAUUCGGAUCUUACAGCGACCCGCAGCACCGGAUACCUCAGAGACCAACCGGUCCGUUGACUCCAGAAAUACUCCCAGCCGCGCCUCGGGCCCCAGUACUAAUGUCAGUAACAGUGGUGCCGGAGCCCGUUGGGUACGAGCGAGUCGCGGUGGCGACCAACACCAACGUGGGGGGAGGGGACACGGACGGGAAGGGCGGGGACGGCACGGAAGGGGAGACGUCGGUCCGGUGGCCGGUAGCGGACGUGCGGACGGCAGUCAAGCGGUAGCCCCCACGACACCGCGGAACGAGACCACCGCACCCUCGCAUCAACCCGUCAGAGUCCAGAACACCACGGUCGUGCAAACUGCGUCCGGUACCGUUGAAUACCGAAUCGACUUGGAACGUGGCAAUGGGCCAAGGGGUGACAGUCGCGGUAAGAAAUUACACCAGGCAGAACUGAUGCCGGACGGGGCCGUGCGUCUGUCUCGUAGAGGAACAACAGCGCAGCCGCAGAACGCCAAGGAAGACGAAGACGCUGCUUCGACCACGUCCAACAAAUCGGGACGUAGAACGUCCUAG